CGUGGCAGUCCAUCCUUAGCAGAAAUUAAUUAGCUUCAGAAGAUUACAAAUUCAACGCAUUCUUCUUGCAGUUUUUGCUUCGCAGAUCACAGUCCGCUGUAUUUGAAAGGAAAAGAAAGAAAUCAGCUUUGGAGAUGAACGUUUGAGCAGAAUCUGGCUUGAAAUCACGGAACUAUGCAGGGGUUGGCUCUUCAAGCAUCACUCGCUUCAAAAGGGCGGCUUCCGUUGCUGGCUCUUGUUGGCGCGUUUCCAUCCCGUACUGUUACAUCUCGAAGCCCUAUCUCUCCUUCAUUAAGACGUAGAGAAUUUCCAUGGUUAAACUUGAGGGGGAGUGUGAUUAGAGCGGAAGCAUCAAAUGUUGGUGUUGGAGCUGGAGGAUAUGAAGGCAGGGAGGAAAAAGAAGACCAAAUGAGUCUUUACAGUCAUCCAACCAGUGACAAUUCAUCUGAAAGCAGGAAGCCUCUCAGACAAAUUCCAUAUCCUGUCACUAUAGCUCUUGUGCUAGUAGGAUGUGCUUUAGUAUUUUCGCUUAUUGCAUUUGUCAAAGGUGGACCAUCAGCAAUCUUAGCAGCAAUUUCAAAAUCAGGCUUAGCUGCAGCAUUCUCAUUAAUCUUUGUCUCUGAAAUUGGGGACAAGACAUUUUUUAUUGCUGCACUCCUGGCCAUGCAAUAUGAGAAAGGACUGGUCUUGUUGGGUUCGAUGGGUGCUCUUUCACUCAUGACUAUCCUGUCGGUUGUAAUUGGGCGUAUAUUUCAUUCUGUUCCUGCUCAAUUCCAAACAACCUUGCCUAUUGGAGAAUAUGCGGCAGUUACUCUUCUAUUGUUCUUUGGGCUCAAAUCAAUAAAAGAUGCAUGGGACCUUCCCUCAAAUGAAGUUAAUAAGAACAGCCCUGGACUUGAUGAAUAUGCGGAAGCUGAGGAGCUUGUGAAAGAAAAGGUCUCAAAACCGCUCUCCAAUCCACUUGAAAUUAUCUGGAAGUCAUUCAGCCUAGUAUUCUUUGCUGAAUGGGGAGAUCGCUCAAUGCUUGCCACAAUAGCUCUUGGUGCCGCACAGUCUCCAUGGGGUGUGGCAAGUGGAGCUAUUGCUGGACACUUCAUUGCAACAUUCAUCGCGGUUCUUGGUGGAGCAAUUCUCGCCAACUACAUUUCUGAAAAACUGGUUGGAUACUUGGGUGGAGUACUAUUUCUCGUUUUUGCUGUUGCGACGUUUUUGGGAGUUUUCUAGUGAUAUCUUGUAGUUGAUACCAAAGGGCAGACAUUCUUGGGAGGAAUUUUAGUACAACAGUAGAAACUGCUGCGCACAGAUACUGGACCACAUUAGUUGCUAGAAUAGAUGUUGGCGAAAAGGAACUGAACAUAUGGCUGUGGAAUAGUAUAUGAGGACCAUGUCAAAACGCGGGUGAUAUCAGAUUCUGCAUAGUUUUCUCGUCACAGAUGUACGACUUGGUAAUGGAACAUCAGUUGCAAGUGCAAGGGGCACGUACAUUGCAAAAUUUACGACCAGAAUAAAAAUAUUUCUCAUGGGUAACUGUUGGGAGCCAUUUUCUUUUCUAACAUGCUAUGCCAGGAACUCUUGAAGUUAUUGAAUCUUCUUGUACACCACUAAAAUCUAGCUCUUUUUCCCCAGCAAUUUCACGUAAGGUUUUUCCCCUCAUUUAUUGAGCAACCCCACAGAGGAUUGUUUCAUUUGUUGUUCUCAGCUCCUGUUACAGUUCUAUGCAAGCUGCAUCUCCUAGUUAUGAGACUUACUCUUAAUGCUAUGUCAUGCUGUUUGUGGUGUAACAGUUGUUUGUGGUUUUUUUUUACUCUAAUUUUGCUUCCCUACCACAAUCUUGUGGGCAUGUUAGGAGUUGACAAUUUAAUUUUGUGUACAAUAAAAAACUUAUUAUUGAUUAAUUUGAAGGAA